UUUUUCAUUAUUGUAAUCUGUAGGAUUUUUUUGCAGUUGGUGAUGAGCAGGAGGGAGGGAACAUGUUGAAGGCGAUGCUUGGUUGCUGCAAGGUUUACAUAUCCGAGAGCAGAAACAGGGCAGCGCUGGACUCGAUCGAACGGGCUGCUAAGCUGUUCUCGGAAGCACGGAUUGUGAAUAAGUUUGAAGAUGAGACUUACAACAGAGUUGGUUACACACUUAUCUCUAAGUUGGCUCCAAAGCCGUCUGCGGAUCGUUGUCCCUUGAGGAUGGCAGUGCUUGCCAUGGUUAAAGCUGCUUUUGAAACAAUUGAUGUCGAGUCGCAUUGUGGAAGUCAUCCCCGGCUCGGAGUUGUGGAUCAUAUAUGCUUUCAUCCCCUGCUUGGUGCUUCUUUGGACCAAGUUGCUGGGGUUGCAAACUCUUUGGUUGAAGAUGUUGGCUCUAGUUUUCAAGUCCCUACUUUUCUGUAUGGAGCUGCCCAUGAUGAGGGAAGAACACUUGAUUCAGUCUGGAGAGAGUUAGGUUUCAAGCCGAAUUCUAGCGGAGAACAGUGGGUAGGGGGACCGAAAUCAAAUUAAUUGGCGCUGGAGCCGGACUAGGGUCCUCAAGUAACUCAAGGAAAAGGUGUCAUUGUGAUUGGAGCAACUCGGUGGGUUGAUAACUAUAAUGUUCCUGUCGUCUCUACUGAUAUCGCUUCUGUUCGUAGAAUUGCAAAACACAUGAGCGGCAGAGGGACUGGUCUUGCCUCGGUUCAAGCCAUGGCACCUGCGCAUGGUGAAUCCGUCAUUGAAGUAGCUUGCAAUUUGUUGGAACCAGAGAAGGUUGGAGGAGAUAGGGUUCAACUUGAAGUUGAGAGGCUUGCAAAGGAAGAGGGUAUGAGAGUUGGGAAAGGCUACUUUAUUGAUUUUUCUCAGGAAAGAUUAAUUGAAAGUCACUUGAAAUCAGAUUCGAGUACAAACAAAAUGUGUUUCUAAAUUGUAAAAGCACUUUUGAUGAUACAUAUUACUUCUAAUAAAAGCGCUUUUAGCUUAA